AGGACUUUUCCCAAGCUCGAGCUGGUGCCGCAGGGCGGCGCGCGCGGAAGCCGCUUUGCUCCUAGGCGCUGCCAGUCCCGUGUACGGGAGGCAGCGAGGGACAAAAUUCAAGCUUCAGGGGCUGUUCGGGCGAGGUGCCCCUCCCCACGCGCUGAUUUUAUUCCGGCCUGGCUGGACUCCCGAUGCUGCGAUGGCUGAUGGGAGGCGGCCGGGAGCCGCAGGGACUCUCCGAGAAAUCGUCCGUGCAGAGCUUAGGUGAAGAACAAAUACAGAAUCCCUACACUGAGCUCCUUGUACUGAAAGGUCAUCAUGAUAUAGUGAGAUUUCUAGUACAAAUAGAUGAUUGCAGAUUUGCAUCUGCAGGAGAUGAUGGAAUUGUAUUUCUGUGGAAUGCUCAGACUGGAGAAAAGUUAUUUGAGCUACAUGGACACACGCACAAAAUUACAGCUAUUGCAGCAUUUCCUUCAUCUGGUGCUUGUGAAGAAAAAAACCAUUUGAUCUUAACGGCAUCUGCUGAUAGGACAGUUAUUGUUUGGGAUUGCAAUAGUGGCAGGGAAGUUCAGAAAGUGUCAUGCUUUCAUUCCACUGUAAAGUGUUUGACAGUUCUUCAAAGACUGGAUGUAUGGUUAUCUGGAGGGAGUGAUCUAUGUGUUUGGAACAGAAAAUUAGAUCUCUUGUGUAAGACCAGUCAUCUCACUGAUGCAGAUAUCAGUGCUUUGGUUGAAUUGCCUAAAAACUGUGUUGCAGCAGCUGUUGGCAAAGAGUUGAUAAUUUUUAGGUUGGUAGUUUCCACAGAGGGAUCUGAAGGUUGGGAUGUCCUUGAAGUAAAACGCCUGGCUGACCAUCAAGAUAAUAUCCUCUCGUUGGUCAGUGUCAAUGAUUUGACUUUUGUGACCGGCUCCCAUGUGGGUGAGCUGAUUGUCUGGGAUGCAUUGGAUUGGAUAAGUCAAGUCUGCGACUGCAGCACAUGGGACCCCUCUUUCCACACAGUCACACAACAGGAAAUUAAAUUAUCACAAAACCAAAAUGAAGUUUCAAUUCAGCAUUUAACAUCUGAUGCGGAGUGUGUGUUUGUUGCUGUUGGGAAGGGCAUAUAUGUCUAUAACCUUCAAAUGAAGCGUGUGAUUGCCUGCCAGAGAACUGCUCAUGACUCCAUUGUAUUGCACAUUGCAAAACUUCCAAACAGGCAGCUGGUAUCAUGCUCAGAAGAUGGCAGUGUUCGCAUUUGGGAGCUAGGUGAAAAGCAGCAGCUUCCAGCUGAGCCUGUUCCAACAGGGUUUCUCAACAUGUGGGGCUUUGGAAGGGCCAACAAACAUGCAAGCCAAACUGCUAAAAAGAUGCAAGAAAGCACAUCAUCAUAUUCCUUGGAGCUUAUUGGCGAUUUGAUUGGGCAUUCGUCAGCCGUGCAGAUGUUCCUGUACUUUAGUGAACUUGGCCUGGUGACAUGCUCUGCUGACCACCUUAUUAUUUUGUGGAAAGAUGGAGAAAGAGAAUCUAGACUGCGCAGUUUAACAUUAUUUCAGAAAUUAGAGCAAAAUGAUGAUUUGCAGCUUAGGUUCUAACUUGGUUGAAUAAGUGGUAGAUGUGCAUGAGCUGUGUAUAUGUUAGGUAUGUGUGUAAAGGAAAUUGAGCUAUUUGAAAAGUUUAAAUAUUGAAAACAACAUGUAUCGUUAUGCCUUCCCUUUUAAAUGCCAUACAAUAAAGGUGGUGUCUUUUCCCCUUUCUUUGAA